AUGGUCGUAAAGUUCCUAUUCUACUUCAGCAUUUUCUUCGUACGUUACCAAGAUGUUUCCGCCGGUUUUGGGUAAGUUAUUGUCUACAAUACAAAACUAAAAAAGCCCACUACGCCUUGUUACCAUGCCAAAUAGAUUAUCCCCAACUCACUUAUCACUGAUAAUUUAGAGAUUAUGAAAUAGAAGCUAGAGGAAAAUUAAGUUGUCAUGGAACACCUUUAUACGGAAUGCAAUAUGUUGUAAGUUUACUUUUUGACAUUUUAACAAUUGUAAACCCGUUUUAGUUUAAACUUAAAAGAAAACAUACUGAGUAACAUUUCUAAAACCAAAAUACCUAAUUUUACAUAUUAUCUACGUAAUUUCAAUAAAAACUAACAAUUGCAGACUGUUCAACUCUACGAUGACGACCGUUUUGAAGAUGAUCUUCUCGGAGAAGAGAUAGUAGACGUUAAAGGCUACUUCCACCUUGUCACCGAAACAAAUGACUGGUUUGGAGUUAAUCUCGUGCUCGUUAUGUAAGUAAAUAAAUCUUAUUACUUUAAGAAGUAUUAAAAUAUUUAAAAAAUUAAACGUGAUGUCAAAUUAACACAGACAAGAUUUUAAACAUCUUCUUAAUAAAAGAUAUACCAAUAUAAAUAAGCCCUUUCAGAUCACAUACCUGCCACAAUAUAGACCAUAGGUGUGCUAUGACAAUAUUGAGACAGUAUGAAGCUGACAGUUUUAACUGUGGUAAACGCGUUUGUCUUGACUUUGGCGAUAUCGAGCUAUCCGAACAAAAAGUACAUCACACCGAUGUCUUCGAACGUCGGUGCUACCCUAUGCGUCACUAUCACGAUGAAGACGGAACUUGGGAAGACGAAAGAUGGAAACAUUUGUAG